AUGGAAGACUUAACACCAAAGCAAGAAGAUUUCAACGACUUUGCCGGACGUAUGCGGCAACUUUAUGAGCCCCGGUAUAAAAUAAUUUCGCAGCCGGGGACUGUCUUUCAUGCGCAACGCGACUUCAGGCGGUGGCAUCAAAAAGUCCCUUUUUUCUGGACGUACAAACCUUAUUACGAACCACGGACGCUUCGCAUGCCGAUGAGUGACAAAGAGAAGUCGAAGUACUUAUCGAACAAGAUGGAGAACAACAAAUACAAUUGGUGGAGUUUCAUUCCGGUUGCCUAUCUCUUGCAGUUCAAAUACACUUACAACAUCUUCUUCUUGUUUACUGUCCUCACGCAAUUUAUUCCCAGUUGUAAGGUGGGGUAUAUGUUCCAGCACGUGACUCCACUCAUCUUUGUGUUAACUGUUGCCGUCUUAAAAGAACUUUUUGAUGAGGUGCACACACGAAUUCAAGACAAAAUUAUUAAUGAUAUGGUUUAUAUGAAAUUAACGGAUAAAGGAGAACAACACGUGAUAAGUAAAGAAAUUAAAGUCGGGGACAUCAUCUGCUUAAAGAAAGGAUCUCGUGUCCCUGCAGAUAUGAUAGCUCUUCAAACAACGGGAAAGAACGGAAUUUGUUAUGUAAAGACUACUCAGUUCGACGGAGAGACAGACUGGAAAAUUAGACACACCAUCCCAUUCACUCAAGUCACCGAUAAACAAGACUUGCCUCUCAAAAAUUUCGUCGUCGACGCAGAGACGCCAAACACGGAUAUCAAAAAGUUUUCGGGAAGAAUCAGAGAGAAGAACUUCCCUUUACCACUUGACGUCGGGUAUAUCCUAUGGAAUGGAUUUACCAUAGUUGGUGAGGAAGUUAUUGGUUUAGUGGUGUAUACUGGUAAAGAGUCGAAGCUUGAGAUGGCACGGGAGGAGUCUUCGCACAAAAUGGGAGUGACUGAGAAGGAGUUGAAUGUGAUAACUGCCGUUUGUAUAGGGCUCUUAUUUGCAUUAGUUCUUUUGAUGACCAUUUGCAACUCUAUUUGGGGGAGUUUCACGUUAGUAGCUUUCUUGCGCUAUGUCAUCUUAGCUGCUCCUAUGAUUCCAAUAUCUCUUCGAGUCAACUUAGAGUUCUCCAAGAUAUUUUAUUCGUUGUUAAUCCAAUUUGAUCCAAACAUCCCCGGCACUGAUGUGAAAAACACGAAUUUGCCGGAGGCGCUAGGACGCGUCGAUUACAUCUUUAUGGACAAAACAGGGACUUUGACUAUGAAUGAUAUGGUCUUCAAGAAGUUAGCAAUCGAGAAUCGCGAGAAUAUCACUGCGAAUGAAAUUGAGAAGACUCAAGCCGAUGUCAACGCACUUCUCGAGAGAAGUGGAGAGGACAUUUAUGGGGAAACUAGUGAUCCCGUCCUUCGUGUACUUUUUGGGAUGGCGCUUUGCCAUAACGUCACUCCCUCGUUGAUGGCAAAUGGGCAAAUUGACUUCCAGUCGUCGUCUGUGGACGAAUACGCACUUGUCACGUUUGUGAAGCAAAUUGGUAUCGAGUUGAUAGAGCGCGACACGGAGUCUAUGACGCUCCGCACUGACAAAUUCACGUUGAAGAUCAAAAUAUGUGGAGUGAUUCCAUUCACAAGUGAACGGAAGAGAAUGGGGAUAAUUGUACAAAUACACGACAGAUACAUUUUGCUCAUCAAAGGUGCUGAGGUUGUGAUGAAACGGAUGUUACCCAACGAGUGGUGUGUUGACAAAUCAACUGAGUUUGCACGGGAAGGGUUACGGGGGUUAGUCUAUGGCUAUCGUGUCAUGACACAAGACGAAUUUGACACAUAUGAGAGUGAUCUUGCAACUGCGAAUUCGUCAUUGACAGAGCGUGAGGAGAAAGUGUAUGACUUGUAUAAUAGCAUUGAACACGACUUGCAAUUACUUGGGGUGACCGGUGUGGAAGACAAGCUACAAGAGGGCGUCCCACAAGCAAUUGAAUUGAUCCAACGCGCUGAUAUAAAGACGUGGGUACUCACUGGAGAUAAAGUGGAGACUGCGACUGGGAUAGCACAGACGAGUGGGAUUCUCCCAUAUGAUACCGAGGUGAUAUAUAUCAAAGGCAAUUUAGAUGAAGUAGCAAAUAUAGUACGUACAACGAAUUCGAUUGAAAAGGGUAUUAUUAUAGAAGGAGAGACUCUUGAGAAGUGUUUGGACUGCUUCCCAAAGUCGUUUUUCAAAUUCUGUGAAGUCUCCAAGGCGGUUGUUUGUGCGCGUUGUUCGCCACAACAAAAGACCAAAGUCGUUGUUGCAGCAAACAAGUUAGGAAAGAAUUCCUGUGCCGUUGGUGAUGGUGGGAAUGAUGUUGGAAUGAUCCGAGAAGCUGUAGUUGGUAUUGGUGUGAAGGGACGGGAAGGACGAGAAGCUGCGCUUGCUGCGGACUUUUCCACAAGUCAAUUUUCGUAUAUCUCAGACUUAUUCUUGUGGCAUGGUCGAACUGCUUAUAAACGAACAGCUACGCUCUCCCACUUAAUUAUACAUCGAGGGAUUAUAUAUACAAUUAUGCAAAUCAUAUUCUCUGCAGUAUUCAAAUUUGCACCACUCCCAUUGUUUGUUGGGUGGUAUACUAUUUUGUUCACAGUCUUCUUCAAUGAAGUUCCUAUUAUGUUGAUUGUGACUGAUUUCGACAUGUAUAGAAGUUCGACGAAUAAGUUCCCAGAGAUAUAUAAACAACUCAGAGAGUCUAGGGACUUGUCUCUUAAAGUGCAGUUUCAAUGGAUUUGUACGUCGAUAUUCCAAGGUACUUUGAUUAUAUUAGUUGCGUUGAUAUUGACUCACGAACAAAAGGAAAUGGAUACUCUCGCGUUUGCAGUAUUGAACUUGGUCUUUUUGAUUGACUGUAUAUCAUGUGUUAAAACGUGGAAUUGGUAUAUGGUGUUGGGAUAUAUCGGCUCACUCGCGUUCAUCUUUGGUAUAUUCUACAUCCUCCCAAGUUCCAUACACGACACUUCGUAUAUCAAAACAUCGAAAUUCUUUAAGGACAUGGCUAUUUGUAUUGUCGCACCACUUUUCCCUAGAGUCUUCAUGUUCUUCUUUAAUCUUAUUACACCACCAAAAAUUGCUAAACUUGAAAGAAAUACGGGAAUAUCAUUUACGUUGUCACCAAACCCGCUCGUCGUCUUGCAAGAAAACAUACAAACAAACGAUACAAAAUACUCAUUGUUGAAUUAA